GUAGAAAUUUAAUCUUAAUAUUAGGUUUUUUUCUCAAAUUCAAGUUAACAGUUUUAUUUCACAAGAUAAAUAAAAUGUAUCAAUUUGACAUAUUUCAGGUUUCACAUCAGUUGCCUUCUUGUAACAAUAAAAGGGCAAAAUUUGUGAUACAACUUAUUGUUUUGUUAUUCUACAGACCUGCUGAAUUGUGAUUUUCAUGAUUCCAGAUGGCUGGAAUUCAAACUAUAUUUACACUUCUUGUGGUCUGUCUGAUGAAUGGUUUUCUGUGCAUACAGACUAAGAGAGAGUUUAACAUCACAAUACCAGAGACUGUUGAGGUUCUGACUGGAUCAUGUUUGACCAUCCCUUGUUCCUUUGAUAUAAGAGAACAAUAUGAUAAGGAUUUAAACAAAGACUGUAAAGGAAAAUGGGUUUAUCCUGAUGCUUCAUCCCCAAAUUUAAAACCAGUUGACGAAAUAGGAAAUCUAACAGAGAAGAACUGCACUUCCACCUUCUUAAAAAUGAAUUCUGGUCAUGCUGGUAAAUCUCGAUUCAGACUGGAAUGUGACAAUAAACUAAAAUGGACUUUUACUAAUCUGACUGUGAUUGUAAACAUCAUAGAUCGUCCUCCCUCACCGACUCUGAGUCCAUCAGCUCUGACAGUGAAGGAGGGAACCUCAGUCAGUCUGACGUGCUCGGCUCAAGCUUCCUGUCUGUCUCAUCCUCCAACUCUGACAUGGACGCCCAAACUGGCUGAUAGUCAGGAGACACUGAAGGAGAACCAGAACCAAACCAAAGUCCAGAUCUCGGUUCUGAACUUCACUGCUUCACACCUCCAUCAUGGAAAGAUAAUAACAUGCACAGCUGUCUACUGGAAACAUGGAGGAGGCUCUAGUCUAUCUGCUAACUCAUCUUUAACAGCUAAUAUUAUAUAUGAAGAACCGCUGCUUCUGAUUAUUCCACUAACUGUUGCUUUGCUGGCUCUCAUGUGUGUUUUGCUGUUCGUCAUCAGGUUCGUCAAUAAGCGUCAUAAACUCAACACAGGUCCAUUGGUAGACAGAAAUGAGGAAACAGCAGAAGACAGCAUUUAUGCAAAGACCAGUGAGCUGGGAGAAGAAGACCCUGCUCAGCCUCUAAACGGCUCACAGAGAACCAGUGAUAACUUUUCAAGUUCAGCUUCAACUGAAGGACCCAGUGUCAGCCCUGGAAAUGAUCAGGAAGAUGUGACGUACUCCAGCGUCACUUUUAAGGCCAAAAGGAACAGCAAAGCAGGAAAAAAAUCUGGAGACUGUGAAAAGUCCUGUCAGACAGAGGAAAGGUUUGUGGUCGAGGACGCCGGGAAGAAUUUUGUUCGCAAUGCCCUCGAGAUGGGAACUGUGUACGCAGAGGUGGUGACAAAAAAGAAAGUGGAGUGUGAAUACGCUUCAGUUAAUUUUAAAACAAAGACUAAUAACUUGGCAUAG